UAUAAGUAGUGUCAACAUUACACACUUGUCAGUAGACUUGUUACAAAUGAAGAACGCGGUGACCAAGUCCUCGCCGGAGGUUGUCACCCCGUCGACCAAGCCGUCGCCGGCGGCGGCGCUGGCCGGCGACAUCAGCCUCUCCUCCUUCGACAAGGCUCUCGCCUUCGCUCCGUUCACGUCGUUCCACGUCUUCAAAAAUGCGAUCGCCGAGCCGGCCAUGACGAUCAAGAGGGCUCUGUCCCAAGCUCUGGUCUACUACUACCCCAUCGCCGGCCGAGCUGUCGGAGCUGCCGGCGACGACGGGGACCGGCAGCUCCGUGUCUCGUGCACCGGCGAGGGCGUGGCCUUCGUUGCCGCGACGGCGAGCUGCGCUCUCGAGGACGUGAGAAUGUUCGACCGGCCGUUCGCGGCGAUGCUGAAGGAGCUCGCCGUCGAGUACGGCGCGGAGGGUUGCGGCGAGGGCGACCCGCUCCUGCUCAUGCAGGUGACGGAGUUCGCCUGCGGUGGUUUCGUCGUCGGGGUCACGUGGAACCACGUCAUCGCCGACGGCGCGGGGAUCGCCCAGUUCCUGCAGGCCGUCGGCGACCUCGCGCGCGGGCUGCCCCGGCCGUGCGUCCUGCCGGUGAGCUGCGGCGAUGACUCCCUCCCGGAGCUGCCGCCGCUGGUCGCCGCCAUCGAGAAGACGAUGAUGACCCUGGAGAACAAGGCGUUCGCGUACCUUGACGUCACCGUCCCUUCCACCCUGAUCGGACGCGUCAAGGCGGAGGUCGCCGGAGACGCGGACUACAGCGGCGAGCCGUGCACCACGUUCGAGGCCGUCACCGCCGUGCUCUGGCGGAGCCGCACGCGCGCGGUCGUCCCCGACCGCGACGCACCCGCGCCGCUGGUCUUCGCGGCCAACGUGCGCAAGUACGUCGGCGCCAAGGAGGGGUACUACGGCAACUGCGUCACCUCGCAGGUGACCGUGCCGACGAGCGGCGAGGUGGCGAACGGCGACCUCAAGGACGUGGUGAGGCUGAUCCGGCGAGCCAAGGAGCAGAUACCGCUGCAGUUCGAGAACGCCGCCAUGAACGGGGCCGGGGCACGCAUGGAGCAGCAGGAGAUCAUGGGCGUGCUGUUCGGGUACGACGCGUUCUACGUGGCGAGCUGGAGGAACAUCGGGUUCGAGGCGCCGGACAUGGGCGGCGGGAGGGCGGCGCGGGUGAUGUGCCACGUGGAGCCGGCGGCCGUGCCGAGCUGCGUGGCGUGCCUGCCGCGGGAGGAAGCCGCCGGCGGCGCAAGCGUUCUGUCGCUCUGCGUCAGGGAGGAGCACGUCGACGCGUUCCUCGCAGAAUUGUCAAGCCUUGGCUGAAUUACUACUACUUUUUUCUUCUUCUUUUUGGUUUUUUAUUUCCACUUCCAAAAUAUAAUUCCUACUUGCAACUAUACGUGACAUUAUAAUAAACUACAUCAACGAUUGCUGGCAGUGUUCUAUUUAUUUGAAGGCUCCACGAGAUACUUACAAUCUGCU